CAAGGAUGUCAUUUCCCUUCAACAUUUAGAGCACAGAUUGUGAUUAAUUCCAGAUUUAUAACUGGGUUGGUUAUGAAGGACAAAUGACUGCACCAGAUUACUUAGAGUUGAGUGGAUUUCCACAUUGGAGGGAUUGGCAGUUGGAUUUUCCAGUAGUAGAAGAAGAUGUUGUAGAGGCAGUUCCUCUAAUGCAGCGAUACCAAUGGGAGCCUCUCUUCCCUCCUCAUGAUGAUCUCUUCGAAGUGGAAUUCAAUACCCUGCUUGAUGAAGAAAACCAUAGGCCUUGGGAGAGCACUCACAUGACCAAGAAAAGAAAUUUAAUAGAAGAGAACAAUGGAAAGGAGAAGGAACUGUGUAUAAGGGGUAGCAGAGACGAGAAGAACCUAACGUUUGAAGAGGUGUCAAAGUACUUCUAUAUGCCAAUAACUCAGGCAGCGAGAGAGCUCCACGUUGGGCUCACUCUUCUGAAGAAGAAGUGCAGAGAGUUGGGGAUUCCUCGAUGGCCUCAUCGCAAAAUGAAGAGCCUGCAGGCUCUCAUCAAAAAUGUUCAGGAAUUGGAGAGAGAGGAAGGGGAAGCAGGAGAAGUGCAGUUGCGGAGCACGAUAGAGAUACUGGAACAGGAGAAGAAGUUGAUGGAGAAGAAGCCGGACAUGAAGCUUGAGGAGAAGACCAAGAGGCUUAGGCAAGCUUGCUUCAAGGCCAAUUACAAGAAGAGAAGGCUGACCCUAAUGUCCGCAGCAGCAGAUCAGGAGCAGCACUCUCCCGCUUCCCUUUGUAAUGGAUCAGUUCUUGAGUAUUUCAACGGUCAAACUAAAAGAUUUUGAGCUCAAACAUGAAUAUUAUUAUAAGUAUAUUAUAGCAGGCUGACCUUAGUUCUAGCUUCUUUUUUUUCCAAUCAUUGUAGUAGACUAAAUAAUUAGCCUCCUUUGAUUUUGGUUU